UCGGGUCAGCGAUGAGUCCAAAGCGGUAGCGAAGGGAGAGACCAGACCGAAGCGAAAGCGUGAGCGCGAGGGACAGCGAGGCGAAGCCGAUGGCGAGGAGAGCGGACGAGGAGUACGACUACCUGUUCAAGGUCGUGCUGAUCGGCGACUCGGGCGUGGGCAAAUCCAACAUCCUCUCCCGCUUCACCCGCAAUGAGUUCUGCCUCGAGUCCAAGUCCACCAUCGGUGUCGAAUUCGCCACCCGAACCCUCCAGGUAGAAGGUCGGAUAAUAAAAGCCCAAAUAUGGGACACAGCAGGCCAGGAGCGAUAUCGGGCAAUAACCAGUGCUUACUACCGUGGAGCCCUUGGUGCUGUCCUAGUCUAUGACGUGACCAAGCCAACAUCAUUCGAGAACAUCAGUCGGUGGCUCAAGGAGCUUCGCGACCAUGCUGAUUCCAAUAUUUCAAUCAUGCUCAUUGGUAAUAAGACUGACCUUAAGCACCUUCGUGCGGUGGCCUCAGAAGAUGCACAAAGCUAUGCUGAGAAGGAAGGGCUUUCUUUUAUCGAGACAUCGGCACUGGAGGCUACCAAUGUUGAGGAGGCCUUUCAGAUGAUUCUUGGGGAGAUUUAUCGAGUCAUCAGUAAAAAGAACAUCUCUUCUGAUGAGUCUGGACUCGCCGCAGGUGUCAAAGAGGGGAAGACCAUUGUGGUUUCUGCAUCAGAUUCUGGCACAAAGAAACAAUGCUGCUCAACAUAAUGGUGUCAAGUUCCUGUUUUCCUUAUGCUUGCACCAGAUAUAUUAUAUAUCUGUAGUAUUGAGCUUCUGGAUUAUGAUUUCUUGUUUUCCAUCAGGAUGAGGUUAUUGCUUGGAGCACUUCUUUUUCAUAUGUUGGUUUCCAUGCUACAUUAUAUAUUUUUUAAAUAUUAAUUCCUCAGAAUUUGUCUC